GAAAAAAAAAAAAAAAGCGCAACAAAACCCAAACCCUCGCCUCGCCUUCGCAGCGCAGGAGACGCAGACGCCCACCUCACCUCGGCGACCGGCAAGUCGGCAGCGAUGAUGGCCACCGCCGCCGAGUCCAGGUCGCCCGGGCGCGCGCUGAGGAGGCUCGCGGGGGCCGCCGUCUCCGCCGUGCUGCUCCACGGCUCGUUCAGCGCCUCCAAAUGCAAGACGGAGGCGAGGAUGGCGGCGGCGCGGAUGAAGCUGCUGCGGAACCGGCGGGAGGCGCAGGUGCGCCAGAUGCGGCGCGACAUCGCCGCGCUCCUCCGCGACCGCCAGGAGGACACCGCCCGCAUCAGGGUUGAGCAUGUCAUUAGAGAACAGAACAUUAUGGCGGCGAAUGAGAUUAUUGAUCUUUUUUGUGAGCUGAUUGUCACACGCCUUCCCAUCAUUGCAAAGCAGAAGGAAUGUCCAGCAGACCUGAAAGAAGGUAUUUGCAGUUUGAUUUUUGCUGCCCCAAGGUGCUCAGAACUCCCUGAGCUCGGUCGGAUACGUGAUCUUUUUGAAAAGAAGUAUGGCAAAGAUUUUGUUUCUGCUGCAGUUGACCUACGUCCAGAUGCUUGUGUUAAUAACCUUCUAAUUGAGAAGCUGUCAGUCAAGAAACCUUCUGGGCAGAGUAAACUGAAGAUUCUCAAGGAGAUUGCAAAGGAGCAUCAGAUUGAUUGGGAUACGACUGAAACUGAGCAGGAGCUUCUCAAACCAUCUGAAGAGCUGAUUCAAGGACCAAGCACUUUUGUUGAAGCUACCAACUUGCCCGUGAAGACUACUCUAUCAGCAGCUCAUGUUAUGCAAAUAAAUCCAUCUAACUACAGUUCUGGAUAUGCUGAUGAAUGUGAUGAUGAGUAUACUAUGCAAUUUAAAGAUGCUGCAUCAGCCGCCCGAGCAGCUGCAGAGUCUGCCGAGAGAGCAGCUUCUGCUGCCAAGGCUGCAGCUGAUCUUGUUAAUAAGAAGACACAUUCAUCUGAUGAGGCUGAGGACUGGACAACUUCUCAUGAAUCCACUCAUUCCAGCAAGAGACAAUCAAUGAGCAACUCAAGUAGAUCCUCCAGGAAAGAAGAUGUAGUUGCCUUUGAUGAACUAAACCCCCAAGGAAGGAGGGCUUCCCACACAGGCAGCUUCAUUGAAUCAAACCACAAAGAAGAGGAUAAAGAAGAGAUUGAACCAGUGGAUAUGAGUGCCAGGAGGAUGCGGAAAAGGAACAGCCGUGCUACUCGGAAGGUACACUCAGAGAUAAAGUUUGAUGAUUCAGAGGGAUUGAAUUCAGAGACAGAGGAUGAAAGUGAUACUGAGAUACAGUCCAUAGAAAGGCAAGCUCCUAGAAGUGAACCUUAUCCAGGAAAUCGUCAUUCCGAAGAUGAAGAGAAAGAAAACCAUGAAUUCCCGGAUUUGCCAAAGGCAAACCUUAGUUCUCGUGUUCAUCCAAAUAUGCCGCUGGACUACGAAACUCUUACUGCACGCUUUGAGGCACUCAAAUCUGGGAAGCUUCCCUAGUGUGCAGCUGCAGAGAUGCGAAUAAUGUUAUUCUUGCUACUUCUACAAAGCAACAUAUGAUAUACAAGAUACUGUUAGGUUAGUUCCAGUACUACUGCCCUGGAGCCAUUUAUUUUGCUGAAUUGACGGAUUUGCUGUUCCAAACUGCUUCUCCAUUCGUAUUAUUGAAGUAUAUAUGUUAUCUGAAGUGAGAAUUUGAAAGAAUUUUCUGUAAUCUGCAGAGUACCGAGAGGUACUUCUGCACUGUUUGUAAAUUGAUUUAUAUCUGAAGAAAACAUUGGUCCC